AUGUACCCCCCUCAUCCUUACAACCCUUCUUCCCCUUACACCCUCCAUGCUCCCCCCCGUGCCCUCUCACGCUACUCUGUCCUUUGUCCCCUCACGCCUAAAUCCCUUUCUCACUCUGACCACUCCCUCUCCUCCUCUCCUCUCUCUGUCCGGUAUCCCCUCCCUCUUCUAUUACCCCUCGCCAACACAGCGCCCUACGCGUCGGCCCAUCCGCACCCCCUUCUUCUCCCACCAUGCCUCCUCAGCCUUACGCCCUGCUUUCCCCUUUCCCCUCUCCUCCCUAUACCCUCUUCCUUUCCCCUUCUUCUCCCACCAUGCCUCCUCAGCCUUACGCCCUGCUUUCCCCCCCUUUCCCCUCUCCUCCCUAUAACCCUCUUCCUUUCCCCCUUCUUCUCCCACCAUGCCUCCUCAGCCUUACGCCCUGCUUUCCCCUUUCCCCUCUCCUCCCUAUACCCUCUUCCUUUCCCCUUCUUCUCCCACCAUGCCUCCUCAGCCUUACGCCCUGCUUCCCCUUUCCCCCCUCUCCUCCCUAUACCCUCUUCCUUUCCCCUUCUUCUUCUCCCACCAUGCCUCCUCAGCCUUACGCCCUGCUUUCCCCUUUCCCCUCUCCUCCCUAUACCUCUUCCUUUCCCCCUUCUUCUCCCACCAUGCCUCCUCAGCCUUACGCCCUGCUUUCCCCCUUUCCCCUCUCCUCCCUAUACCCUCUUCCUUUCCCCCUUCUUCUCCCACCAUGCCUCCUCAGCCUUACGCCCUGCUUUCCCCUUUCCCCUCUCCUCCCUAUACCCUCUUCCUUUCCCCCUUCUUCUCCCACCAUGCCUCCUCAGCCUUACGCCCUGCUUUCCCCUUUCCCCUCUCUCCCUAUACCCCUCUUCCUUUCCCCCUUCUUCUCCCCACCAUGCCCUCCUCAGCCUUACGCCCUGCUUUCCCCUUUCCCCUCUCCCCCCUAUACCCUCUUCCUUUCCCCCUUCUUCUCCCACCAUGCCUCCUCAGCCUUACGCCCUGCUUUCCCCUUUCCCUCUCCUCCCUAUACCCUCUUCCUUUCCCCCUUCUUCUCCCACCAUGCCUCCUCAGCCUUACGCCCUGCUUUGCUUUCCCCUUUCCCCUCUCCUCCCUAUACCCUCUUCCUUUCCCCCUUCUUCUCCCACCAUGCCUCCUCAGCCUUACGCCCUGCUUUCCCCUUUCCCCUCUCCUCCCUAUACCCUCUUCCUUUCCCCCUUCUUCUCCCACAUGCCUCCUCAGCCUUACGCCCCUGCUUUCCCCCUUUCCCCUCUCCUCCCUAUAACCCUCUUCCUUUCCCCCUUCUUCUCCCACCAUGCCUCCUCAGCCUUACGCCCUGCUUUCCCCCUUUCCCCUCUCCUCCCUAUACCCUCUUCCUUUCCCCCUUCUUCUCCCACCAUGCCUCCUCAGCCUUACGCCCUGCUUUCCCCUUUCCCCUCUCCUCCCUAUACCCUCUUCCUUUCCCCCUUCUUCUCCCCACCAUGCCUCCUCAGCCUUACGCCCUGCUUUCCCCUUUCCCCUCUCCUCCCUAUACCCUCUUCCUUUCCCCCUUCUUCUCCCACCAUGCCUCCUCAGCCUUACGCCCUGCUUUCCCCUUUCCCCUCUCCUCCCUAUACCCUCUUCCUUUCCCCCUUCUUCUCCCACCAUGCCUCCUCCUCAGCCUUACGCCCUGCUUUCCCCUUUCCCCUCUCCUCCCUAUACCCUCUUCCUUUCCCCCUUCUUCUCCCACCAUGCCUCCUCAGCCUUACGCCCUGCUUUCCCCUUUCCCCUCUCCUCCCUAUACCCUCUUCCUUUCCCCCUUCUUCUCCCACCAUGCCUCCUCAGCCUUACGCCCUGCUUUCCCCUUUCCCCUCUCCUCCCUAUACCCUCUUCCUUUCCCCCUUCUUCUCCCACCAUGCCUCCUCAGCCUUACGCCCUGCUUUCCCCUUUCCCCUCUCCUCCCUAUACCCUCUUCCUUCCCCCUUCUUCUCCCUCCACCACCAUGCCCCUCAGCCUUACGCCCUGCUUUCCCUUUCCCCUCUCCUCCCUAUACCCUCUUCCUUUCCCCCUUCUUCUCCCACCAUGCCUCCUCAGCCUUACGCCCUGCUUUCCCCUUUCCCCUCUCCUCCCUAUACCCUCUUCCUUUCCCCCUUCUUCUCCCACCAUGCCUCCUCAGCCUUACGCCCUGCUUUCCCCUUUCCCCUUUCCCCUCUCCUCCCUAUACCCUCUUCCUUUCCCCCUUCUUCUCCCCACCAUGCCUCCUCAGCCUUACGCCCUGCUUUCCCCUUUCCCCUCUCCUCCCUAUACCCUCUUCCUUCUCCCUCCUUCUUCCCACUGUCCCGUCUCUGCCUCACACGUUUUUUUUAG